AUGAAUGCUUUCGAGCCAUCGGCGACGAAUCCGACAGGCCCCCAGCCCAUCGAGGACGCCAGAGAUGUCCGAUCUUCAUCGUCACGCUCGCCAACACAUGCGAACUCGAGUCUGUCGUCUUCGGUGGGCAGUAGCCGGUCCCACUCAAGCUUAUCGUCCCGAAAUCAUCAUCGAUCCCAGCAAUCGCACCGGCCGACCAACGAGUCCACGGCCGUCUUCGAACAGAUCAGUGCCUCGCCGCGCAGCUAUGGCGCUACGGAAGCGCCUCAUCCUUCCAGUACACAGAAUGUCCCUGGAACCUCUAAAAAAGACCAAAUAGGAGGCCCGAUACGGAGUAAUUCUGGGAGUAAUCUUAAUCCUCGAGCCACUCAGCCUGACGAAUCCAAUGAGCCCCAUCAUUCCUGGUAUGGUCGGUUUGUUGAUCGAUUCGGCGCCCUCGAGUUGGAGAACAAGGGCAGCGUUGCGCGUGACCAUCUUGCUUUAGAGCGGACGUUCCUAGCUUGGAUGCGCACCUCCCUCGCCUUCGCCUCGAUUGGCAUAGCUCUUCGCGGCUUCAUCGUCCAACCCCCUUCUGUCCUCUCACCUCACCCCGAUCCUCCUCUUUUCGAUAUCACUGCAUCCUCUGACUCUUCCCGCCUACGCAGUGUCGGCAAACCUCUUGGCUCGACCUUCAUCGCCGUUGCUAUCCUCAUUCUCAUUGUGGGCUUCCACCGCUACUUCGAAAGCCAGUACUGGAUUGUCCGUGGCAAAUUCCCCGCGAGUCGGGGGAGCGUUGCUUUGACGGCAUGUGUGGCUGCGGCUCUGAUUGUCGCAGCCUUGGCCGUCAUUCUGGCGGUUUCCCCUGGUGCGAUUGAACGGUGA